AGCGCGACUCAGUGUAACAUAGGAUUUGAACGUUUGAGCAUUCGUGCGACCUCUCCUGUUUCGUUGUCGUUUCCAUCUGUCUUCAAUACUUCUCAUUCACAGCAGUCCUUUCAUUCUUCACGUCCUAUCAAGUCUGAGCGCCACGUCUCGCGCAAGCCCAGCAGAGCCAAUCGAGAUCGUGCUCGUGGAGCGAACUUUGCCAUCAAAAGAAAACAACUCGAAGAACAAAGAUCGAACCUCGAGAUGGCUUCAAACCAGUACAGCUACCCUCCUCCGCCACCUCCGCCACCUCCAUCUACGAAUGCCCAAGGUGGCCCUCCGGCUGGCUAUCAACAGUACCAGCAGCCUCCUUACGGGCAGCAGCAGCCAGCCCGUGGUGGUGGCGCACGCGGUCGCGGCCGAGGUGGCUUCAACCAAGGUGGCCAAGGCGGCCACGGUGAAUUUCAAAACUCUCAAUACCCUCCACAUGCAGGAGGUUACAAUGGACCACCUGCCCCAGUUGGUGGCUAUGGGCAACAAGGUGGCCAGUACGCUGGACCACCAGCCCCUGCCAAUGGCUAUCCUCCACCGCAACAGUGGCGCGGAAAUGAGCCUCAGCUUCAGCAGCAGCAUCAUCAAGUUCAGCACCAGCAACCCCCCCAUCCCGCUCCAUUGUCUGUUCAGAACUAUCAUCCAAAUUAUGCUCCUCAAGUUUACCAGCCAAAUGGACCACAGCAGCAGCCCCAGUAUGGCCCUCAGCAGCCAGCGCCGUACCAGCAGGGACCAUACGGUCCACCUGCACCCAUGCCCCCGCAGCCACAACAGCAGUGGCAAGCAGGCCCAGGACAUCAAUCUCAACCCCCUUUCAAUAAUGCCAACCGCGGCGGCCGUGGAGGCCGUGGCGGUGGCGGCUCAGGCCGCGGUGGUUUUGAAGCCCCACUGAUGGGGCCCCCGAUUCGUAUGGGAUUUGACAGCGACCGAUCUGCGGGUCCAAUGGCUCAAGCGAGCCCUGGAUUCUCGCCGCCUCCAUAUGGUGGUCCUCAGCAUGGUUCUCCAGUUCCGUUUUCUGCACCAGCGUACCCACCUCAGAACCAGUACCAGCCCUACCCUUCCCAGAAUGCCUUCCCCCCCAGAGGCGGGAGGCAGUCUCUUGAGUCCAACCCGUUCCAGUCCAACGGCCCCAACCGUGGCAGGGGCGGCAUGCAGAACCGCGGAAACAAGCGUGAACAGUUCAAUGACCGAGUUCGUCACCGUGGCCAGAAGCACCCAGGUGCCGGUCACAAUAAAUCCUCCAGCCAAGGUGCUGUCACCGAUCAGCCUCAGAAGCCUGCGGCAGAUGCCGGUGCCAAGUCUGGCGAGAAGCGCAAGAAGAAGAAGAAGCGCAAGACCAAUACCCUUGGCCUUACCCCUGGAACCGAAGAUUACCAGGAGAGCGAAGACGAAGAUGAUGCUGAUGAAGAAGCCAAGCUUGCAGCCGCAGCUCUCGGUUCAGCCUUGCCUGAGGAACCCUCCGACCUCGCCGCCUGGCUCGAAGAGCGCCGCAAAAAAUGGCCCACCAAAGCCCGCCGCGACGAGAAGGCCGCGGAACUCGCCUCCCGCCGCGCAGCCGCAGCCGAGCAAUCGGCCCGCGACAAAGCGAAAGCCAAGCACGACAAGGACGUCCUAGACGCCGCCGCCUCCGUCAAACCCGAGACCAAGAUCGAGAAACAGCAGCGCAAAGCCGAUAAACUCCGCCGCCAGCUCCAGCGCGCCGAGCAAAAAGUCAAGGACGCCCUCAAAGCCGGCUCUAAGCGCAAGCGCGAUGCCGGCGACUCAGGCGACGAGGACCAGGAUGACGGCACCGCGCGCGUCAAAUCCGAGAACGAUAACGACAUCGACGCCCUGAUCGCCUCUGCCACCGGCGCCGCAUCCUCCUCCUCCUCCGACUCAGACUCCGAGUACACCUCUGCCAGCGACAGCGAUUCCGGCCCCGACACCACCACCUCAAAACGCACAGCCCCCAUCGUCGUUCCCGCGCCCAAGAAACCAAUCCUGCAGCGCCACUGCAAGUACUUCUCCACGGGCGGCACGUGCGGGAAGAAAGGCAAGUGCCGCUUCGUGCACGACCAGGCCGUGCGCGACGCCGCGAUCAGGGAGAAGGAGAUGAAUGGCGGGGUUAUGACGUUAGCGCAACGCUUGACGCAGAAUGAUCGCGAGAAGGACGAGUUGAUGGUGUUGAAGAGUAUUAAAUACUUGCAUGAGAAGGGGAUGCUGGAUGAGCCGAUGGAGGGCUAGUGGCUCUUUGCUGGUCGGGGCGCGGGGGGGACGGGUAUUGGUGGGGGGCCGCUUGGGAGCGGGUAUUUGGGGUUUCCUUUUCGUCUGGCGGCACAAGCAAGCAAGCGCGCACACUCACAGACGCGCUUUCACGCAUGAGCGACGAGCGCGUCUUUCCUCUUCGUCGAAUGUUUCUCCUUCUUGUGGGAGUAUUUCUGUUUACGGCUAUAUCAUGGGGAUCUAAACAUGGUUUUCUGGCAUUGCGAUAUUGCUUUUUUUUAAUCACCCUUGUUUUCUUUUUGGGUCAUGGUAUCUGUUGGGGAGUCCCAACUGCUGAGCUACGGCGCGGGGUCAUCCGCGUUUGUCGGCUUUGGUGGUGUAUUGUCUGGGGGAUUUCGGUGUUGGGCGGCAUAACGGCGGGUGGAUGGUGUCUGGUAGGAAAACGGCGGCGCAUGGUGGCCGACUGGGGGGUUUAUGGCGUAUAAGCGCUGAUAGCGGCGGUAGCUGUAAAUUAUAGUUGAACAAUUAAAAGAUGAUUGUAG